AUUGUGUAAAUGGGCGAUCUACCGAAGGGCAAAAUUUCUGCAUCAUCUAUUCAUACCAACAUUCUACAAGAAGUUGUGGGCAGUGAUGGAGUGGAUUCUAAGCUAUAUAGCUAUACGAAGGGCUUUAGUGGGUUUGUGGCUAAUCUAACCAGUGAGGAGGCACAAAAAUUAAAAGGCAUGGAGGGAGUAAUGUCCGUGUUCCCUAACGAAAAUAAACAACUCCACACGACAAGGUCAUGGGACUUCAUGGGCUUUCCCAAUAAUGUGAAUAGAACAACUUUUGAGAGCGACAUUAUCAUUGGAAUGUUUGACACGGGGAUUUGGCCAGAGUCGGAGAGUUUCAAUGAUCAAGGAUUUGGUCCACCUCCAAAAAGAUGGAGGGGUAUUUGUCAAGAAUCGUCCAAUUUCACUUGCAACAACAAAAUUAUUGGAGCUCGAUACUAUCGGAGCAAAGGACAAUUAAUAGGUCAAGAUGAUUUUGAUUCACCAAGAGACUCCGAAGGUCAUGGGACCCAUACUGCAUCAAUAGCAGCAGGAAAUUUAGUCAAUGGGGCAAGCCUAUUAGGGCUUGGCUUAGGGACAACCCGAGGAGGAGUUCCCUCUGCUCGGAUUGCUGUUUACAAGAUAUGUUGGUCUAGGGGGUGUUCAGAUGCUGACAUUCUUGCGGCAUUUGAUGAUGCAAUCAGCGAUGGAGUGAACAUAAUCUCUCUUUCAGUUGGAGGGUUAUUUACUAAAGAUUAUUUUGAUGACUCCAUUGCUAUAGGAGCCUUCCAUGCAAUGAAGAAUGGUAUACUCACAUCUAAUUCUGCUGGCAAUUAUGGUCCUCCUCCUGCAUCAGUCACCAAUGUUUCACCUUGGUCACUCACAGUGGCUGCUACCACUACUGAUAGAAAGUUUGUGACUAAUGUGAAGUUGGGUAAUGGUGAGCUUUAUGAGGGGCUUUCUAUAAACACUUUUGACCUAAAGAACAAAAUGUUCCCUAUUAUUUAUGGUGGAGACGCCCCAAGCACAGGUUCUGACCCAUAUGAUUCCAGAUUAUGUCUUACCAACACCAUCGACAAGAAAUUGGUAGAAGGAAAAAUUCUUCUUUGUGAUAUGGCAUUAAAUGGGGAGGAGCAACUGGCUGCCAGUGCAGCUGGUACUAUAAUGCAAGAUACAACAUUCCCUGAUGUUGCCUCCUCUUUCCUUUUACCUACUUCCUGCUUGGGCUUGAAGAAAGUAAGCGAACUCAAAGACUACUAUAACUCAUCUAGAACACCCACAGCAACUAUACAAAAAAGUAUUGAGGGAAAGGAUGAAUUGGCCCCAUACGUAGCAACCUUUUCUUCAAGGGGACCUAAUCCAAUUACAAGGGACAUUCUCAAGCCCAAUUUAACAGCACCUGCAGUGGAUAUUUUGGCUACAUGGUCAGAGGCUACAACUGUGACAGGAGACGAAGGAGAUACAAGAAAAGUUCCAUAUAAUAUAGUCUCUGGGACGUCAAUGUCUUGCCCUCAUGCAACUGCAGCAGCAGCUUAUGUGAAAUCGUUUCAUCCGACAUGGUCCCCUGCUACAAUUAAGUUCGCUCUAAUGACAACAGUUUAUCCCAUAAGUGUUGACAGGAACACAGAUGCGGAGUUUGCUUACGGGGCAGGUCAGAUAAAUCCUAUAAGGGCCAUUAACCCCGGUUUAAUAUAUGAUGUUGGAGAGAUUGAUUAUGUAGAUUUCUUGUGUGGGCAAGGCUAUAGUAGUGAGUUUUUAAGACUUGUCACAAGCGAAAACAAUAGUUGCCCACAAACCACUAAAAAACUUGCUUCACAUCUAAACUAUCCUUCCUUUACAUUAUCUUCCAAGUCAAAAUAUGUGAGAACCCACGUGUUUCCUAGGACUGUGACAAAUGUUGGUGCACCAAUGUCCACAUACAAGGCCAUUGUAAAUGCUCCAACGGGACUAAAAAUUAAAGUAAUACCAAAUGUGCUUUCAUUUAAGUCUCUUGGGCAAAAGAAAUCCUUUUUGGUGAAGGUCACAAGACUCAAAACAAAGAUGGAUCAUAUAAUAAUCUCUGGCUCCUUUAUUUGGUAUGAUGGGGUGCAUCAAGUGAGGAGCCCUAUUAUUGCUCAAGUUUACUCUUAA